AUGCAGAAAGUCCUUGGUCUGGGAACUGACGGAGCGGCUGUAAUGACUGGUCGUCACAAUGGCCUCGGCGCAAAACUGGUCCGUCGAAAUAAGAAUAUUGUCCAUAUCCGCUGCGUGGCUCACCGUUUGAAUUUAGCUGUAUCCCAGGCAGGAAAGUCGAUUGAGUAUUGCAAGAACUAUCACGCCAUGAUACACUCACUCUAUCAGUUUUACAGGGAUUCUUCUGUCAGAUACGAUGAGCUAAGACAACUACAAACUGUUCUUAACGGCAAGGCAAAACAAAUCGUGGAACCCACAUCUGUUCGUUGGCUUUCUAUUGAGUCUGCUGUGAAAAUGGUUCUAGACAGCUAUUGUGCCAUUAUGCUCUCCCUUGAUGCGGAGAAAUCACCGAAAGCAGUAGGACUAUCGAAAUUUAUUGGCAAUUCAUUGUUCCUGUUGUUCACAGCCCUCCUCAUUGACAUUUUAACAGCCAUUGGAAUUCUAAGCCUUACGUUCCAGAAAGAUGCCGUCAACCUUUCUCAUAUCAAACACAGUGUUACUUCUGCCAAGAACACAUUGACUGACAUGAGAAAAGGGUCCAGCAAGGUAACGGAAGUUCUCCAUGCUUUGGGUGAGAUGCCAACAGGAGAGGCAGCCAAGUACCAUGAUGUGAAUGUUUCAGAUAAUAACAUUCUCAGACAAAGGUUUAACGAUAUCAGAAAUACCUACCUGGAUAAGCUCAGCAGUAACCUUGAUGACAGGUUUCCCAGUGACAUGGUAGACAAGCUUGAAUGUUUUGAUGUCCUGUUCAACCCAGGGCGAUACCCUAGUGACCUUAACCUCUUAGAUUAUGGCGUGCAACAGUUUGGUGUGUUAGUAGAGUUUUACCAAGAGCUUGUUAACAAAGACAGAAUGGAAGCUAGCUUUCUACAGUUCAAACACUUAGCUAAGUCAUUCCAAGUGCUUUCAUUUGAAGCUUUUGUGAAAGUGUUGAUCACAGAGUUUAAUGAAGAGUUUCCUGACUUUGUGUUACUUGGCAAAAUUGCUGGUGCUUCCAGUUUCCUCUGCCCCAUGUGA